CGUUGGUUGUUGGUUCGUUGUUGUUGGUUGUUGGCCGUUGGCUGUUGGCUGUUGGCUGUUGUUUUGAAGCUGAAACGCUCCGCUGGUGAACAGAACAACAUUCAGUCAGUCAACAGUCAGUGGAUGAUGGCGUCUGUGCUGCUCUGUGUGAUCCUGCUGUCUGCUGCCGGUUUCCAGCAGCGUGCCGCCACCCUGCCGGCCCCCACCGUGCAGGUGAGAGUCGGGGAGGACGCCACCCUGCAGUGCCCCCUGCUGGACCCCUCCGACGGCACCCGGUCCACCCUCAGCUGGUACAGGAAGGCAGCAGGACAGGGUCCUCAGCUGCUUCUGUCUGUCCGGUCCAGUAACAGUUCCAACCUGAAGUAUGGCUCCGGCAUCGACCCGGAUAAAGUCUCGGCUGCAGCCGACGGCUCGCUGCUGCUGCAUGGUUCGCAGAGGAGCGACGCCGCCGUAUAUUACUGUGGCAUCAGUCAGGGGGGGGAGCAGAAGAUGAAAUGAUUGAAUCUCCUCCUUUUAUGUUCUAUCUAAUUAAUCAAUAUCAUUUUCUGAUUGCAUUGAUGUGUUAGGGAUUAGUCAUUUUAAUAUAUUUUAAUACACAUAGAUGUGAAAGCCUGCAUUUUAUAAAGCUAAUACACAAAGAUAAACACAGACACAUUGUCUCAUCUCUGCUUGGGAGCUACACUAGUUGCAAACACCUGUCUGUGGGAGGAAGAAUGGGUUAUCUUCAAGGUCGGAGGCACCCAGUUCUGACCGUCGCUCUAGUUACCUAAAUAAUAUUAGUUAGGAGGGAGAGCAGGGUGGAAUUAUUAAUUUUCUUUUAGGCGCUGUCUCCUCUCGGAAUUGGUUGGGCCGUGUGCCAAGAGACUGGGACCAGUCUGAGCACCAACAAGGAUGCACCAAGUCUAAACCACGGUUGCCUCUGAUCAUAUUGUCCACCAAUCGCAUUGCUUAAUGUAAAACAAAUAUCAUCUCUUGUAACCUUUGAUCACUACUCUUUUUGGGGCGAGAAAAGACAGAGUAACAGCAGUCCGCUGACUGUGGCUUCUCAAUCCAACAAGAUCCUUGUACAAGUAUUAUUUUAAUUAUACAAAUUCUAAAUAAACUUCUUAACUGAGAGAA